GAAGCUUCCAUCUUCUUCCCUUGAGACCACACCUGCUCCCCAAAGCCAGAGAUGAUCAAGGAGGAACACGAGGUGGUCAUCACAGGGGCGCCCCAGGGCCCAGGACCCGUGGUGUCCACCGUGGUCAACAUCCAGACAGAGCCCGCUGUGCCCGACCACAUCGUGUGGUCCCUGCUCAGCUCCAUCUACUUCAACGUCUUCUGCCUGGGCUUGGUGGCGUUCUCCUACUCCAUAAAGUCCAGGGACCGGAAGAGGGUGCGUGACAUGGUUGGGGCCCAGGAGUAUGCGUCCACCGCCAAGAAACUGAACAUUGCGGCCCUGGUCUGUGGUCUCAUUCUGUUCAUCAUUUUCAUUAUAAUUAAGGCAACUACCCGGCUGUAACUACUCAACACAGUUGUUACAACGUCACGAAGAGUGAGGAGGCUUCUGGUGGCUGCCCAUAGCCUGAGGCUGUCACCUCUUCACAGCUGUUCAUACCCACGUGUGUCCCCGACCGAAUGCAAUAAAGGACAUGCACCUGA